AUGAACCUAAAAAAGACUGAAGACGAUCUAUCAGCAACCGGUUACACAAAAUCCAUUGAAAAAAUUAAACAUCAUCAUCAUUCUGUAAAACAAUCUUGUACAAGCUGCAAAGAUAUAGUCAACACACCGUAUGCAAUCGAUAGAGAUAAUGAUAAACAAGAUACGCUGACAGAUUAUGGUGAACCAGCAAAUGAAGCAACCAUGCCGACAACAAAUGAUGGGUCAUUGACACGAGAAGUGUCGGUAACAUCAACGUCGGAUGGCACUCCACCGUCAUCAAAAUCAACAUUCAAGCGAGAAAAUGGUGACGGUGGAUGGGGCGUCUGA